GGGGAGGAGGGUGUAUUUUGGGUUCUGAGGUGUGUGUGUGUGUGUGUGUAUGUGUGUUAUCGAGGUUACCGAGUAUCUCAUGUGUCAGUGGACAGCAGAGUCUCCAGGCAGCUGCCCUCUGCAGGUUUGAUGCCCCAUUCAGAGGCCGGUUUCUUGCACUGAAAAUGACGCUGCCUCUCCGAUGUGUAGGCAUGGCUACGGCUGGGAACCUCUCUGAAGAGCAGGUGCACUGCUCCAUCUGCCUGGAUGUCUUCACCAACCCUGUCUCCAUCCCAUGUGGACACAACUUUUGCCAGACCUGCAUCCUUGGAUACUGGAAAACCAGCCCCUUAUUCCAGUGUCCCAUGUGCAAGAAAACCUUCCAUAAAAGACCAGAUAUCAGCGUAAACACGGUGCUGAGAGAAAUCGCUGAGCAGUUCAAGGAGAUCAGGGUACGAAGUCUGGAAGGGAAAGUCAGCAAAGAAGAAGAGAGAAAGAAUAAGAAGUGGAUGAUGGAGGGAAAGAAAAAGGAAGAUGAAGAGAGGCUUAUCGGAAAAGAACAGGAGCAACUCGAGGAGGAGCUGAUGCCAAAGCAGGAGGUGCAGAGCAAAAGAAAGGAGUGUUUAAGGCAAAGAUCAGAGGAGCUUCCUCCAUUAAUACCAUCUGUAUCAGCUCCCAUGACCUCACCUUCUCCUUCACCUCCUGCAAGAGCUCAUCGUCCCCCACCUCCUCUGCCCCAAACAUCACCACCGUCCUCACAGGCACCGGCUUCUCUGUCUCCCCAAUCGCCUGCUUCACUUCCUUCCUCCUCUCCACUCCUACUUGCCUCCUGGGAAGAAGAAGUCUUAUGUGAUGUCUGCCUAGGAGAUGGGAGGCCCAAAGCAGUUAAAUCCUGCCUUGUGUGUCUGACGUCCUACUGCGAGGAGCAUCUCAAGUCUCACACUGCCAGGUUCACGAAGCAUAAGCUGAUGGACCCAGUCGCCAACAUGGAAGACAGAAUGUGCCCGAAACAUGAAAGGCUCCUGGAGCUCUUCUGUAAGAAGGACCAAACCUGUGUGUGUGUGCUCUGCACCGAGACCGACCACAGGGCCCACUACACCGUACCAGUGGAGAGGGAGUGGACUGAGAAAAAGGCAUACUUAAAGAAGACAGAACUGGACGUCCAGCAUAUGAUCCAGGACAGAGUGAAGAAGGUAGAGGAGAUCAAACAGUCAGUGUUGCUCAACAAAGCCAGUGCACAGAAAGAGAUUGAGGAGAGUGAACAGGUUUUAUCCGAACUCGUGCGCUCCAUCCAGAAAACUCAGGCUGAGCUAGUCAUGGCCAUCGAGGAGAAGCAGAGAUGGACAGAGAGACGCGCCGAAGGCCUAAUAUCAGAACUGGAGCAGGAAAUCAGUGAGCUGAGGAGAAGGAACACAGACCUAGAGAACGUGGCUCGCACCGACCACAUUCACUUCCUCAAGAACUUCCCAGCUCUGAGCACACCUCCAUCUGUCAAAGACUGGUCUGACACCAGUGUUCCCACUGACAUGUGCAUAGGUAUGAUCAGGAGAUCUGUGUCCAGUCUGGAGCCAAUGUUAAAUGAAAUGGUUGACAAAUUGGUCAACAGCGAAAUCAAAAAGCUUCUGAAAUAUGGAGUGGAUGUGACUCUGGACCCCGACACAGCCAACCCCUGGUUACAGCUUUCUCAAGACAGACAUCAGGUCAGACAUUUAGGGGCAUGGCAGGACCUUCCUGACCAUCCGGGUCGCUUCGACACUGUGGUCAUUGUCCUGGGCCGUGAGGGCUUCACCUCUGGGAGACAUUACUGGGAGGUCCAUGUGGGAGACAAGGAUGACUGGUACCUUGGAAUCGCCAGGUCCUCCGUCAACAGGAAGGGCAGGAUCUCAGUCAGCACCACCCAUGGGUACUGGGCUUUGGCCAUGAAGAAAGGUCAGGGAUACCGAGUGUCCACAUCUCCACCAUUGAUGCUCUCACUCAACACCAGGCCAAAGCGAGUGGGCGUCUACAUAGACUACGAGGAGGGACAAGUGUCCUUCUAUGACGUCAGGGCUCGGACUCACAUUUACACUUUCAAAGACACUUUCACAGAGAAGGUUCUGCCUUUCUUCUACCUGUACUGCUGUGAUAAAGCCUCAGACACCAUCAUGAUCUGCCCUAUGAACGAGAAAUCAACAAUAAAGUGA